AUGCAAUCAAAUUCAAAAUAUUUUUUCCCAAAAAUACUUAUUUUUAUUUUUUAUUUCUUGCCUUUUUUCACUUAUUUAAUUGCCUCUCAAUGGGCGGCAACAUCUCAAUUUACUCCCCAACAUUCUUCACAAUUUUCACCUCAACAACAAUUAUUGCUUCAACAACAACAACAACAACAACAACAACAACAAUCUUUACUAAAUAAUAGACAAUUUCAAUAUCAACGUCAUCAAAUACGCCCAUCAUUUUACGAUCCGGUACUUAAGGUUAAAUCACAUGUUGGUUAUUUACCUUCAUCUGCUAGUACAGGAACAUUUGUUAGAAUUGGCACAUCAGACCAAUCACUUCCUCUACAGAUUUUAGUUGAAGACAAAGAUUUGCAACCAGGUACUCCCUCAGCUGUAUAUCAAUAUGUUUUAAGUGGAUAUGGAGCUGAACGUUUUGCUGUAGAUCAUCAAGGAAAUCUAUAUUUAGCUGAUGCUACAAAUCUUGGAAUUUUAGAAACUUCAGCCUCUGACAAAACAGAAAAUACUCCUUUUGUAUUGCAUGUUAUUGCUAAGGAAAUGGAUACAGAACCUAAACGGAAUAGCCUUCCAAUUAGCAUAAUUAUUCAAUUAAUUGAUAAUAAUAAUAAAGAACAAAUGAAACAAAGAAAUUAUUAUUCAGAAGAAACACAUCCUUUAGAAGAAGAAAUUAAACAGUCAAUUUAUAUUGCUAAUGUUUCUGCUUUAGCAAUUGGUGAAAGGGCAAUUGCACAAAUAAAAGCAAGGGAAGAAGGAGAUGGAAAUGUUAUUUAUCGAAUAAUAGACGUAAGUGAUGGGGCAUUCUCCUCAUUUAGAUAUGAUGAGAUUAGCAAUGAAUUACGUGCUGUUGGACCUUUAUUGCCUGGACACAAAUAUAAAGUUGUAAUUGAAGCUCGGGAUUCUGAUGGAUUAGUUGGGCAUGCUGUUGUUUUAGUCCAAGCACUUCCAUCAUUCCCAACUAAUUCCCAAUUAGUUAAUAAUAAUCAGCUGGUCUCUUCCCAAUUAAUUAAUCAACAACAACAAAAUUUAAAUAAAAUACCUACUUCAGAAGAAUUACUUGCUUCUCUCAAUUCUUUGUCUCAGGGAAGACAAAUUCCUGUUGAAGGACAACAACCAUCUUUGCCAUCACAAAAACAUUCUAAUUUGGAACAAUUUAUUUCUGUUGAUUUAUCAGAAUUAACACCUAUUGGAACAUUUGUAACAGCUUUAGGAGGAGGAAUUACUUCUAAUAAUCAAUUAGAACAGCCAGAAAGACAAUCUUCAAAAUACUUUCGUUUAAUUGGAGAUGGAGAUGAAGGAAAAUUUAUUUUAGAACCAGAAAAUGGAAUUUUAUUUACUGGGGCUAAUUUAGAUAGAGAAAAGGAUAAAAUACAUAGAUUAAGAAUUGAGACAAGGUCACGUAUUCCAGUUGAUCAUUUACUUUAUGUAACAAAUGUUAAAGUUAAUGUACUUGAUGCAAAUGAUAAUGCUCCACAUUUUGUAGAUCCCCAACCUUUAAUUGUCCGUACACGUUCAGAUGAGUUAUCUCCAUUUUCCUUUCCACAAACAACAAAUUUACUUCUUGGCCGAAUUAAUGUUGUAGAUGCAGAUGAGGGGGAGAAUGCUCGUAUAAGCCUUAAAGUACUUCCCCCACUUGAUCGAACAUUAAUGGCAAUAGAUCACGGCCAACAACCAUUAGAGGCACGUGCUGUUGUAAGUGUACGUAUUGAUGGACGUGUUGGAUCUAAUGUCCAUGAAACAUUAAUUAAUGGAAGGGAAAGAGGGGAAAUUACAACAAAACCUAUAAAUUUACUUUUACCUUUUACAACUUCUGAAUCUCCAAAAAUUUUUAGCCAAACAAAUAACAAAAAACAUUUACCUCCCCCACAAAUUUCUUCUUCUUCAAUUUCUUCCCAAUCUUCUUCUGCAACAGACAAUGAAAAUAUUAAUUCACGUCAUUUAUCUAAUUCUAAACAAAUUUCUGACGAAUCUGCAGCUUUGGAAAGAAAUUAUGAAAGACAACUUUUUGGUGUACUUUCACGCGUUGGAAUGGCAAAAGAAAAGAAAAUUGAAGGCGAAUCUCAACUCUUAAAUCCUUUUCCAACAAGAAAUCCCCCACCUUUUACACGUGUGGAUAUACCUCUACCACCACCACUACCACAAGCAGCAAUUGGCAGAGUUUCUUUAGUUACACCAAAUAAACAAAAAACAAAAGAAAAAAAUUUAGGGGAAAAUAUUGAAAUUGAUAAAGAAACAACAAAACCCCUUCAAUAUACUAAUAAUGCCCCUUUAUCUUCUUCUUUUUCUAUUCCUCCCCAGAUAUCUUCCUCCAACCAAACAAUUUCGAAAUAUCCUUCAAUAACAACUAAUUCUCCUACAACAAAUUAUUUAAAUUCAACCACUACUUUAUCUUCAAUUGUUUUACCAGUUUCUUCUUCUCCUCAAUUAAUUUAUACAUCUACUGAUUCUCCCCAACUCCAAAUUGAAGACAAAAAAGAGGAAAGUACUCGACUUGCUCCCAUUUUUUCCUCAGCAGCUUUAAAAAUAUUUGUUGAAGAAAAUGAAGAACAAUUGGAGUUAGCUACACUUUCUGCUAAUUACCCUGAUGAAGGACCGGGUCCAAUUAAUUAUGUUCUUUUGGCUGGGGAUCAAAGUCUUUUUAGUAUCAAUGCCAGUAACGGAGUAAUAACACUACUAAAAGCAUUAGAUGCCGAAUCAACAAAUAUUCCUUCUCAACCCCCAAUUUAUCAUUUAAAAGUUGGCACAAUCGAAGCUGUAGAGCUACAAUAUUUAGAAAAUGGACAAAAAAUAAAUUUAGUAACAGAUACUGGAUUGGCACAUUUUUGUGAUAUUCAAAUAAAUGUUGUUGAUAUUAAUGAUUGGAUACCUAAUUUUGAACAGAAUUUAUAUGAAUUCACUAUACCAGCAACUGCAGAGCCCGGCACAAUUAUUGGCCAGGUUCAUGCUUUUGAUCAAGACAUUACUUCUCCAAAUAAUAAAUUAUUUUAUUACAUUAUUCCAAAAAAGAAUAAUUCCUCAAUUAACUCCAUCAAUGCGGAACAAUUUUUUUCUUUAAAUUCCCAAACUGGACAAUUAAAAACAAUUUCAAAUUUAAAAAAUUUUGCUGGAAGAAUUUUAAGAUUUAGAAUUCAAGUUGUGGAUGGAGGUGUUGAUGGAAAUAAAUUAAAUAGUACAGCUGAAAUAGCUGUACACUUGGAGGGAAUUAGAAGGCAUGAAGAAAAGAAAGUGUUACCAACAACAACAACAAUAUCUUGGCAAGGAGUUGAAGAGGUAGAUGAGGAAGAAGAAGAUGAGGAAAAUGAAGAAGAGAAGGAAAAACAACAAGAAGAACAAUUAAAAGAAAACCAACAAAAUAAUAAUAAAUUAUUUUCUUCUACAGAAAAAACAACAAAAAAAUAUUUAAAAACAACAAUAGAAGAAUCAAAUAUUGAAAAUAAAAAUACUUCUAUUUCUUCUUCAACUUCUCCAAAUCAUCAAAACAAAAUUAAAUUUUCGAGUCAUUAUUUUAAUUCUUCAAUAAUGGAAGGAACUCGCCCGCCUGUUUUUCUUACAAUUUUACCUGUUAUUAAUAAACCGAGUGAUACUCGUUUUACAAUUUGUGCAAUUAGAACAGGAAAUUUAAGAGGGGCAUUUAGUGUUGCUCAAAAUGGUGAAGGAAAUUGUGAAUUAAGAACACAAAUGCAACUUGACCGUGAAGCUAUUCCAAAUUAUUUAUUAAAUAUUACAGUCGAAAAUGGAGGCCAACAAGAUUGGACAUUGGCAAAUAUUUCUGUUUUGGAUGUUAAUGAUAAUAAACCAAAAUUUGUUUUUAAUAAAAUUGAAGGAGAAAGAAAGAAUGAAAAGUUGGGGACAGAAGAAAGCUUUUUUGCUGUUUUGCCUAUUGAAACAAUGGCUAAUCAACGAUUCUAUAAAAUAACAGUAAUUGCUUGUGACAACCCUGGAGAACAAAAAAGACGUCUUUGUUCACGUGCCCCUGUCUCAAUUUCCAUAUUAGACAAUCGGCAUAGAUUUGUCCUAAUUUUUUCAGGAGAAAGUGCAGAACAGAUUAAACAUCAAGAAAAAGAAAUUUUAAAUUCUCUUCGGCCAUUUACCUUUCCCUGUUCAAAUCCAAUAAUUGAACGAAUUGAAGUUGAAGAAGGGGAAGAUAUUAAAAAAUAUUUAAAAAGGUCAAAAGAAGGAAAUGAAUAUUUGGUUAAUGUUAUUUUAUAUACAGCCAACUUAAAAGAGAAAAAGCUUUGUUUGAAACAAGAAAUGAAGUAA